CUCCAAAUCUCUCAGGUUCCCCCGUCCCAUCUCCUUCCAGCGUUGCAUAAAUUCGCCUCCUGAUUGUUGCCUCCUCGUCAAUUCGCAAGCACAACUCAUUGCCCCUCAUUUCCGCUCCAGCAGCUCUAGCAUUACCGUCGCAGCCGCACAUCCCAGUUUCCAGCUUGACGCUCCUCUAAUCGAGUCGCAGUCAUUUUCCCGGUCGCUUUUCCGACAAACCCUCGCGUUUCCUCCAACCUCCAUGGCUUCUCGCAUGUCCAGCGUCGCUGCGCUACUGCUGAUGGCGGUCGUGGCCUUCUCUCUCUCCCCCUCAGAAGCUGGCGUGCCGCUCCCAUACUGUCGGUUUAGCGGGAAGCAGGUGAUGAGCAACCUCGUGACGGAGCUCACCAAGGCUGGGAACUACUCCACCUUGCUCGCCGCGCUCAAGACGACAGGACUCGACAAGGAUCUGCGUACGCUCUUCAACUGCCACGCUGCCACGAUCUUCGCGCCCACCGACGCGGCGUUCGAGGAGCUGUCGAACGACACGAGGACCGCCGUUGACGAUGACAGCAAGUUGCUGCGCGAGGUGGUGCUGCUGCACGUGGUGCAGAAGAAAAUGACUGCUGCUGCGCUGGCGGCGCUCCCACAGGGCAAGCAGCUCAAGGCGGCAGCAGGCGGGUGCAAGGCUCGUCUGGUGAAGGUGUCAGCUCGGGGGGCCCAGCCGGUGGAGGUCGAGGCCAUGUUCGGCCCCCAGAGAGCUUCCAUUGUGGCGCCUGACGUCAUCUCGCUGCGAGUGGUGCAGGUGCAUGGGGUGGAUGACGUCAUCCUGCCCAAGAGCCUGCAGAAGGGGGAUAAGGAUUCCCUCAAGCCCAUCGACUGCUUUGCGUGGCGCGCCUAGGCGAGGGCCCGUGUGCAGUAUAGAAUAGUUCACCUGGGUGUGUGAGUACCUGAGCAGUAUGGUAGAGUGGUUGGGACUUCCUGCGUGGCUGGGUGGUUUGCAGGGCAGCAGAGCAUCACGACAAUGCUGGUUGGUGGUUGGGCAGAAUGACCAGAUUCGUUGGAACAGCAUUGCCAUGAUGGUGUGCUUGCUGUGGGGUGAGGCAGGAGGAAUUCGCAUGCAUUCUAAGUAGACGCUGCAUCUGUACAAAGCAUUUUUGUGUACUCUUGUAGAACAAAAUAUUUAGGCUGUUCAUUGUGAAAAUUAGUGAACAUGGCAUACGAUUUCUGUAUUAUUCUGAUGGUGUUC